GCGCGGCAAAAGCACCAGCGGAGCAUGCGCAGUAGGGUUUCCUUCGUACCUCCUGGCAGCCCUCAAGAGAGGCGAGGCGGAGGCGAGCGCCGCGCAUGAAUGCUGGUCAUGCGCAGUGGGGCGAACGGAGGGCGCGAUAAAUUGAGAGCGGCCUGGGGCGAUCGGCUGCGCAUGCGCCGUUUGGCGAACGAUAGGGCGACGGUGCUGUCUUGGCGGGACGGUUAAAUUGCAAAACCAACAGAACCGAACAUGAGACGAUCAGCAGCUCCUAGUCAACUGAUGGGUAAUUCAGUCAAAAAGCCAAGGUUUAUAUCUCCAGGAAAAACCCAUAUGUUGUCUCGGAAAAAAGAAUCUGAACGCUCAGGCUCUGAGGUGGAUGAGGGACAACUGAAUGGCUCAACAUCUGCAAACAUCUGUUCUACAACUUGUGACUUAAGUUCUACACUGGCUGUGAAAUCUGAUCAAGGAGAAUUUUGCUCUAAAAAUAAUAAUAAUGACUGCCAUUUUGAAACUGGAGUGAAAUCACCAUAUAGAACUAAAAUAGGUCCAGCGUGUCCAGUGACAACAGCAACAGUGAGGCACCAGGAGGAGCCUGGCUGCCUCACAAAAUACUUCAGCGUAGUGUGGUGCAAGGCCUCCAAGAAAAAACACAAGAAGUGGGAAGGUGAUGCCAUUCUUAUUGUGAGAGGGAAGUCGGUGACCCUGAAAGAUACAGAAGGCAGAGACAUUGGAAGAGGUGCUGGAUACAAAGUCAAAGACCUGGAGAAUUUUGACCAAGGCCAGACUCUGAUGAUUGGAGGCAAAGAAAUUGAAGUGAUGGGCAUAAUUGCAGAAGAGGACUUCAAAAGCGGCAAGUGUUUUCAGUCUGGUGUGAAGACUGCCGAGGAGAUUUGGAACGUCUCGCAAGCUGCUGUAAAACCAUUCUGCAACCCUUUCAAAAAUGUAUCCAAAACUAACACUGAAGGAAAUCCUCCCAAAGGCUCCCAGAACUAUAACCCACGUCAUGAUCCAUGCGCACCAAAUUGCUUAGUUAUGCUGCGCCCAUCCCCAAAUCACCAGCGGUUGUUCAACAAGUUGGGCUUGCCUGUGGUGGAUGUUGUUGUGGACCCCCACAUUGUAAACCAUCUUCGACCGCACCAACGGGAAGGGAUCACAUUUCUUUAUGAAUGUAUGAUGGGAAUGAGAGUAAGCUGUAGAUUUGGAGCCAUUCUUGCAGAUGAAAUGGGUUUAGGAAAAACUCUGCAGUGCAUUUCAGUCCUCUGGACUCUCCUGCGUCAAGGGCCAUAUGGAUGCAAACCUGUAAUAAGACAGGCACUGAUAGUCACUCCUGGGAGUCUGGUGAAGAACUGGGGGAAAGAAUUUCAAAAAUGGCUGGGAAGUGAGAGAAUCAAGGUGUUCUUAGUGGAUCAGGAUCACAAAGUAGAAGAGUUCAUCAAUUCCCCGCUUUAUUCAGUCCUGAUCAUUAGUUAUGAGAUGUUUCUACGCUCCUUGGACCAAAUACAGAAGGCACAGUUUGGCCUUGUCAUUUGUGAUGAGGGACAUCGCUUGAAAAAUGCUGCUAUUAAGACGACGACUGCACUUGCCAGUCUGUCUUGUGAGAGGAGAAUUAUUCUGACUGGUACUCCAGUACAAAAUGAUCUGCAAGAAUUUUAUGCAUUAAUAGAGUAUGUAAAUCCGGGAAUACUUGGUCCUUUGUCUACAUACAAAAAAGUAUAUGAGGAACCUAUUCUCAGAUCCCGAGAGCCUUCAGCAACAAAGGAAGAAAUUGAACUGGGCGAGAGAAGAGCAGCAGAACUGACUCGCCUCACUGGACUCUUCAUUCUGAGAAGAACCCAAGAUGUCAUAAACAAAUUCCUCCCUCCUAAAUUGGAGAGCAUACUUUUUUGCCGCCCAACAGCACUGCAGCUCGAUCUGUAUCGAAGUCUGACGAGCUCUCCGUUUGUUAGAUCUUGCCUUCAAGGUAGUCUGGAAAACAGCUCCCAUUUAAUAUGCAUUGGAGCUCUGAAAAAGCUUUGCAACCACCCCUGCCUUCUCUUCAAAGCAACAAAGAAACACACAGAAUCCUGCAAAGAAGCGUUGUCAUUUAAACUGCUGGCAUGGAGUGGGAGCUCUGUCAAAGGAAAAGACAAAGGAUGUGAUUCCAGUUGUGAUGUACAAGAGAAACAGAACCUCCAUGAGGCUUUGCUUGAUAUUGUUUCUCAAGAACAUACCCCAACCUCUUUCUCUGAGACUGACUCAGGGAAGUUGAACGUGCUGACGCAGUUGCUGGCAGCAAUUCGAGAACUGAGCCCUGCAGAAAGAGUCGUGGUGGUAUCCAAUUACACACAGACCCUGAACAUAUUGCAAGAGGUGUGCAAACGCCAUGGAUAUUCCUAUGCAAGGCUUGACGGCAACACUCCCGUCUCCCACAGACAGCAGAUCGUUGAUGGUUUUAAUAGUAAAUUCUGCCCCUCUUUUAUCUUCCUGCUGAGUUCAAAGGCUGGUGGCGUGGGUCUGAACCUUGUUGGGGCCUCCCAUUUAAUCUUAUAUGAUAUCGAUUGGAAUCCAGCCACGGAUAUUCAGGCAAUGGCCAGAGUUUGGAGAGAUGGGCAGAGACAUACAGUGCAUAUUUACAGACUGCUUACUACAGGCACAAUAGAAGAGAAAAUCUAUCAGAGACAGAUCAGUAAGCAAGGGCUCUCUGGGGCAGUUGUCGACUUUUCCAAGGGAUCCGAACACAUCCGUUUUUCUGUUGAAGAACUUAGAGAUCUGUUCACCCUGCAUGAAGAGUCUAGCUGCCUUACCCACGAUUUGCUGGAGUGUAAAUGCACAGAAAAGGAAGGUGACCUAGGUCCCUCGGAAAACCUUUCUCUACAAGAUUGCCAGCUUGGCCAAAGCAAUGUGAAACCUGACUCAAAAAAGCCUCUCUCUAUGUCACAGUUGAUGCAAUGGAAACACUAUUCUGGGAAUCACGAAAAUCUUCCCGAUCCCUUUCUUAGAAGAAUAAAAGAAAACAUUACAUUCGUUUUCCAAAAUAUGACCAACUAAAUGAUGCCAUCUAAACAGGGACAUUAGUUUCUCCCUUAGUCACAAUGGACGUUUGUGCCUUAUCUUUUACAAGCAAAGCAAACUAAUGGAAUUGUUGGGGACUUAUAAAGAGCAUGUAAUAAGGUUUAUAUUGGGGAAAGAUUUAAGAAUAAAUUAUGGUUGGGGAAGACAUCUUGUUUACUAUUACUUUUUCUGAUUUGGUGUCAUAAAUAAAAUUAUUUUGUAAUAUUUUACUUGGAGCUAA